AUGGCACCCCUCGAGGCACAAAGGCUGGCCGCUGUCCCGAUUCCCGAUGGUAUCACCGCGAGAGCUGGCACGCACCAUGGUGAUCCAAGUCGGGCGAUGUCUCGCCCCAUGAAACGGAACGUGAACACCGCCAAUGGCUCCGCCAGCUCCGAACCGAACCUCGGUCUUGGUUUAGAAGGGGCGGAGUCCGACCUUCACUGGGAAGCUGCCACUGAUGCGAUCCGAUCAAAUAUCUUCGCUACACUUGCGUGGGAUUUACAACACGGUCGACGCGAGCGCGGGCAAUCCCAUCGGGUUUUACGCGACGGGUAUUGUAGUCUUGUAUUUGAUGACGAGACUGGCUUUGAUGGGGCUACAACCGCUCAAGCCCGAGAGAAUUCCAAAGCCUUUGUGAAAAUGAGGUCGGGUCUUGUCUUUAUUGGAAUCAUUGUUUAUGUUAUUAUCUAUAAUAGUUAUGUCUUCUAUUAUGGGUACUACUGA